AUGUCAUCCAACCACGACCCAGAAAGACGACCUCUUUUGUCCAGCUCAAAUGGCAACGCUACAAGUCCAGGUUCAGGUUCAGGGCGAGGAUCAGAUCCACGUCCGAUUAAUGGCGUAGAUUCGGGUGUCGCCAAAGAAAAAAGCAACCUCUCCAGAACCCGAGGCGCACUCAUCUGCCUGUCCGUCUGGAUCCUCAUCUUCAUCCUCACCAACAAUGUCUCUCUGAUCACCACGAUCCAAUCACCUAUCGCCAUCGCCCUGAAAGCAUCGACUGAAGUGAGCUGGUUCACGUCCGCGUACCUGAUCGCCGUGACCAGCAUCACUCCCGUCGCAGGCCGACUAUGUGCCAUCUUCACGCCGCGCGUGUACCUUUUGGCCUCGAUUGUCGUGCAGGCGUGCGGUCUCUUGAUCACCUCGCAGGCCCGCACCCUGGGCUCAUUCCUGGUCGGUCGCGCCAUCACGGGCAUCGGAAGUGCGGCCGUGACGCCAGUCGCGUUCAUCUUGGUCACUGAACUCACGAGCCCCAGACGGCGUGGGCUGUUCUUUGGUUGCAUCAACACGGGCUACACUUCCGGUGUUGCGUGCGGAGCGAUCAUUGCCGGUGCACUCGAACCGCUGGUCGGCUGGCGUGCUGUAUUCUGGCUUCAGAUCCCCUUUGCGUUGUGUGCCGCCCUGGUGGCAUUUUGGUCUAUUCCGGCCACUCCUCAUUCUCCUCCAACGUCGACCUCACCGGGACAAGAAUCAUCAAAUACAUCGAGACCCCAGUCGGAAUAUGAGAAGGAUGACUCUCUCGGCAAGAAACUCUCGCAGAUCGACUACUUUGGCGUCAUCACCAUCAUCGCCGCUGUCGUUUUGCUGUUGUACAGUCUCUCAUCGCCCAGCAUCCAAAUCACACCUAUCGUCUUAUCACUCGCAUCCCUGGUCUUGUUCGUCCUAGUCGAAGCCAACUGGGCGAAACAACCCAUCGUCCCCGUGUCGGUACUCAAAUCGCGCGGCAACAUCCUCACCGGCGUCGCUACCAUCGGCGUCAUGACCGCCCGAUGGGGAGUGCUGUUCUUCACGCCCACGUACGUCCUCACGCUGCGAGGCUGGUCUCAAGCAAGUGCCGGCCUGACUCUCAUCCCCACCAAUCUUGGUUUCGGCUCCGGCGGGUUGCUGGCAGGGUGGCUUCACAUCCGCCGCACAGGAAGCUUCUACAUGUCGGUUCUCGUGUCCUUUGUGCUCUUUGCGCUCUCCAUGUUUGCCGUGUCGUGGAUCUCGACACCCAGCUCCAACAUCUACUUGUACAUUGUGGUGUUGUUCUUCAAUGGGUUUUUGGUUGGGACGCUGCUGAACUACUCGCUUGCGCAUGUCUUGCAUCUGACGGUCCCCGCGACGCAUAUCAUUGUCAUUCCGCUGAACGCCAUGUUCCGCAGCCUUUCGGGGUCUUUCGGGUCGUCUAUUUCGGGAGGGUUGUUCCUGAGGACGUUGGUCACCACGUUGAGGGAUGAGUUUGCCCGGCGAGGUGUCACGGGUAAAGAAGGGCUGAUCAAGCAGUUGGCCGGGACGCCGAUUCUCGUGCAGAGGUUGACGGGCGUGGAGAGAGAGGUCGCGCUGGUCGGAUACGAGACGGGUUUGAAGACCGUGUAUCUUGCUGGUGGAUGUUUGGCGGUUGUCAUGUUGGUGGUGCAGGCUUGUGUGGGAUGGACUGCACCGGACAUCGACAAGGAGGAUGAUGGAGGGAACGGUAGAGAAGGGAGGAUGGGCGGAGAUGUACUUACACCUGUCGUUUCUAGAGAGACGUGA